GUAUGGCAAUAUUGCUUGUGUGACUGCUGUUCAGAGCUGUGCAGUGAGCCUAGACACAGUGAAGAAGAUUACAGCCAUUAAUGCUGAAUCCUAAUACAACAGACUUUCUCGGCAGAGGAGGAUAUACCAGGCUCGUGUGUGUGGUUUUGUUAAACUCAAUGCACUAAAAUUCCAUCACCAGAGGUAUAAGUGAAAUUAUGAGUGUGGACUUUUUCACAGUUUGGCUUGUGCCCACAGUGGUGCUGCUCACAGCUGUUAUCUUUUAUCUGUACAGUGUGAUACUCAGGCAUUUGGCCAAGGCAACUGUGAGGAACAAAGUGGUGCUUAUUACAGAUUCACUGUCAACACUUGGAAAUGAAUGUGCAAAACUUUUCCAUACUGGUGGAGCCCGACUGAUUCUGUGUGGAAAUAACUGGGAGAAGCUGGAUUCUCUAGCUCAGCGGCUGACGACUGAAUCCAAUCCUACAAUUACAUUUCCGCCCAAACUCGUGGAGCUGGACUUCAGUGAUAUGGAGAGUGUUCCUGAGGUGGUCUCUGAGAUCCUGGAGUGUUACGGCUGUCUUGAUGUUCUUAUCUUCAACAGCAGCUUGAAGGUGAAGGCUCCUGUUCAAAGUCUGUCACUAGAGAUAGACAGGACUGUUAUGGAUGUCAACUUCUUUGGGCCCAUCACACUGGCUAAAGGUGUCCUCCCAUCCCUGAUCUCCAGAAGGACAGGUCACAUUGUUCUAGUCAACAGCAUUCAGGGGAAACUGGCAGUGCCCUUCCGUGCCACCUAUGCAGCCUCCAAGCAUGCAGUUCAGGCUUUCUUUGACUGUCUGCGGUCUGAGGUUCAACAAUAUGACAUCACUGUCAGCACUGUUAAUCACACCUUCAUAAAAACAACCACCAUAACGGACGAGGCAACUGCAAAAUCCAUGUGGACAACCUUCACUCAACAGACGUCCCUAGGUGUGAACCCUGAGGAGAUGGCCAAUGAGCUUAUGAAGACUCUGAGCAGCAAGAAGAAGGAGAUUUUAAUGGCCCGCUCCAUCUCCAAAGCAGCUAUCUAUGCCAGAUCUCUCUUUCCCAACCUCUUCUUUGCUAUCAUGGCAGCAGGAGUAAGGAACGCUGCAGCUGAGGAGAUGCCUGUCGACUGAAGCAAAAAAAAUUAUUCACUAGUGCACAUUUAAUGCUACAUGGGUGUUAACAAAUCAUCCUUCUUAACCCUGGUUAAACAUAAUCCUGGUAUAUCUAAUUCCAUGUUCUGGUUAGGAAUUGUUCUUAGGGUUAACCCAGGGUUAAGCAUAGGCCUAUAAUAGCCUAUACUGUUAUAACAUUUGUAUAAAAUCAUAGAGCAUGACUUUAUCAUUGUGCUGUAGUUUUCAAAUGAUGAGAGAAAUUAAUAAGUAAAAGACUGUGCUUGAACAAGUUUGAAUGUGGGGAUUGUGGACUUCUAUUAAUAUUAUGCUCUUAUUUGUUAGUCUCUAUCUGUUCUUCAACAUAAGA